UUCUCACGGGUGUGUGCAGUGUGGAUGGACGCUCAGUGUGUGAAGGGGAAGCUCUGCAGAGUAACAGGUUGGAGAGACUCCUUGGAGGACCUGGGGUUUGAUGAGCUUGAUCAACCUGGUGGUGACAGAGGAAUGAAAUGCUUCUUGUGCUUCAGCUGUGAGGGAGGAAUCUAAAGAAGACUGCUUGUUGUUUCUCUUCUUGUCUAUUUGAGGAUGUUUUCUUGUCAAAGAGGUUGUCUCAGCGCUGCACUCAGGCCGGCCAGUCGUUGAUGGAGUUCUUGCAGGGGAGCGGUGACUACUGCCACGCCCAACAUCUCAGCGCUUGAGCCCAGGCCCCCCGGGGGGAGGAUGGCCCUGCUGCCCUGCUGCACCUCCCACCCCUGAAUGCCCACAGCCAGGUCGCCCUCUCCACCCAGACACCCCCACUCUGACUGUAGACUGACUGACGGACGGCAGGCCCACUAACUCACCAGAUGGGGUAGUGAGUGUCGGUGGCCAAGGGCAGCGUAAGCUAACGGACAGCUACCUCUUCACCCCCCCGGCACCUUACUCUUCACCCUGUCCAACCCCCACUCUAUUCCCAGCACCCCAAGACACCCUGGACAGGAGAGACUUGAGAGGACCUUGUAAAGUCCUUCUGAGGUGGGGUGUUGUUGCUGGGGUUUGUUCCUCAGCCUCAGAGAGACUAGCAGGGGUGACCUGCCUUCUUGGCUUCCUGCCCGGCUUCCUGCCUGCUGUGUCAGGACAGUGUAGUGUAGCUGGUGGGCUGGGUGCUCCUCUGUCAGGGUGAGUUCGGGCCCCUGGGUCUGGGUCGACGUCGUGGCGUCUUCUCCUGAGAGUGGGAUCCUCAGUGUGUCCAGAAUGAACCGUCCGGCUCCCCCCGUCGAGGUCUCCUACAAGAACAUGAGGUUCCUCAUCACACACAACCCCACCAACGCCACCCUCGACACCUUCAUCGAGGACCUGAAGCAGUAUGGUGCAACAACAGUGGUGCGGGUGUGUGAGGUCACCUACGACAAGACACCUCUGGAGAAGGAUGGCAUCACAGUCAUGGACUGGGCCUUUGAUGACGGUGCCCCUCCUCCCACUAAGAUCGUAGAUGAUUGGCUGAACCUGCUGAAGACUAAGUUCCGUGAGGACCCUGGCUGCUGCGUGGCGGUGCACUGUGUUGCCGGGCUGGGACGGGCUCCUGUGCUGGUGGCUCUGGCUCUGAUCGAGGGCGGGAUGAAGUAUGAGGAGGCAGUUCAGUUCAUCAGGCAGUAUGUACACCUCACCUCUAGAUUCAGUUCAUCAGGCAGAAGCGCAGGGGAGCGAUCAACAGCAAGCAGCUGACCUACCUGGAGAAAUACCGCUCCAGACAGAGACUACGCUUCAAAGACCCUCACAAACACAAGAACAAGUGCUGUGUGAUGUGAUGAUGUGGUGUGACCCCGCAGCCCGCCUGUUCUGACCCAUAUAGAACGACUACAUGAACUUUAAUAUUGGACCGACCUCCACCCCGCUAAGAUGCAUUUAGGACUUGACCUGUUGUCUGUCUCCAUGGGGACAGUUAGUUGCCACUGUUCUGUUGGGAUUCUUCUGCUUCUCACUCUCAGGGCUGUUAGAGACCAUCUCCUCUCUGAUGUCUUUGAAUGAACACGUUCGUCCCCAACUGCCGGCCAAUUGAACUCAUAGAGAGGAAAAACAAACGAGCCCUAUUUCUAUCAAGUACACACACACACACACACACACACACACACACACACACACACACACACACACACACACACACUGACAAACUAUUUUGCACUGAUUGUAACAUACUGUGACAUACACACACAGCGCCAUUGACCACCAGACCAACCCCUCAACCAGCAGCAACACUGUCAGCUUGGUCCCAGGCCUGAUCGUUCCUCUUUCCUCCCUGCUGCUAGGUAGCACUGACCCAACCCAAAGCACUGUCAAUGAAACACACCGACCCACCACGAGCUGUCACAACAGGUCUGCAUCACCAUACACCAUGUUAACUGAAAGCCCCUGCUAGCCAUGAUGACAUGAAUGAAAUAAUCAUGAAAAAUAACAGAUUUUAUGCUGUCUGUGUGUUUUUAUCUCAAUGUUUCAAGGAAAUCCAGUUUAACGUCUUUGUUCAAUUGAAAUGCCAUCCACAGAGCUCAGCCAUCUUGCUCAUUGCUCCGUUUUCAUAAUGCAUGUAAGUUAACACUUGUUAGAAUCAUGUCCUUGUCUCCUCCUUUUUUUGAGGAUAUGGGGAUGCGGGAUGGGACUUAAAAUAGGACGAGGUUUUGUGCUGAGUCGCCGGUUUUUUAAAUAGCAAUAUUUUUUACAUUGUGAUAUGAAAUACUCUGGGAUUAGGAUUCUUCACCACUGACUGCUUCUGUUGUACAACAUGAAGGAUCUCAGUGUAUCAUGUAGGAGUCAGCUGAGCCUGGGUGGACUAGGUAGGCAACACCGUCUGUGUCCCAGAUGGCACCCUAUUCCCUAUAUAGUGCACUACUUUUGACCAGAGGUCUAUGGGCUACAAUGCCUUGAAAUAUACACAAAAACAUGGACUCGCACUGAUCCUAUGGGCUCCGGGUCAAAAGUUGUGCACUAUAUAGGGACUAGGGUGCCAUCUGGGACGCGUACUAUGCUUUGGGAACGUAAACAUGGCGGUGCCCCGUAGUCGUCUCUGGGAUGAAAAACAGCCAACUGAACCGUCUGCUCAGAAAUAACGUCCUGGCUCUGUAUCUGUCAGUGUGGAUAUAAAUGUCUCUCAUCUUGCCUCUGAAAUAGCACCCUAUUCCCCUUUUAUAGUGCACUACUAUAUAGCACACUUUUGACUAUAGUCCUAUGGGCUCUGGUCAAAAGUAGUGCACUAAAUAGGGAAUAGGGUGCAAGACGCAGUCUCAGUUAAGGACAGGUACUGAAGGAAUGACUGGUAUCCUAGGAAGAAAGCUGUCACAUUUAUCUGCUGCCUUGGAAGUAACCCACUUCAGAUUGUUCACAGUUAAUGAAGUACAAUAAAUAAAGUAAUUGUUUAAAGUAA